CUUUGAAAUAAAAUGAAUAAUGGUCGAGAUAGUCCAUACCAGUUUGUUUGCCACGAGUUAAAAGAGCAGUCUUUUACGCAUGCUCAGUGCAUCAGCGUCCUUUCUCUUCCGGUUUCAGCUACUGUGCAGCUGUGAGCUUGUGUGCAUCUCUCCGACGGCAAACAACUCAAAAAAUCAUGGGAAUUCGGCGCAAAAUUGGCAGUAGCAGCAGCAAAAAUCCACCGAUACUCAGCCAUGAGUUCGUCAUUCAGAAUCACGCCGAUAUCGUUUCCUGCGUGGCAAUGGUUUUUGUGCUGGGUCUGAUGUUUCAGUGGUCUACAUCAUAUGCAUCACUAUUUGUUGCUAUCCAACACAACAUCACAGAAGUUUUCAAUGAUACCGAUGUACCCGAUGUCACCACCUACACCUGUGGUCUGUCUGACGUGUUCACCAUUUUCUUCUAUAUGUUGGUUUGCAUUAUUGUUCAUGCCGUUCUCCAGGAAUAUGUAUUGGAUAAAGUAAACCGUCGUAUGCAUCUAUCGAAAGUUAAACAUUCAAAAUUUAAUGAGUCUGGUCAGCUAUUGUUCUUUUAUCUGGUGUCUGUCGUCUGGGGAGCAGAUAUCGCUCUGAGGGAAAAAUUUUUCUUGAAUCCUUCAUCAUUGUGGGAUGGAUAUCCACACACCAAGAUGCCAUUUAUCCUAAAGUUCUUUUUCAUUAUCCAGAUUUCCUAUUGGCUGCAUAUUUUGCCAGAGCUUUACUUCCAAAAAAUCAAGAAAGAAGAAAUUGGUGCUAGAGUGCGCUAUUCAGUGCUUCAUGUAAUAUUCAUUACUGGUGCAUUUGCUACAAGCUUGACACGUCUUGCCUUAUUCUGCCUGGUUAUACAUUACUUAGUUGAGGCUAUUUUCCAUUUUGCUAGAUUGAUGUAUUUUAGUGAUAAAAAUGAGAUUUCUAAACCAGCAUUCUUGGCUUGGGCAGGAAUGUUUGUUGGUGCUCGUUUCCUCACAGUAACCAUUGCUGUUUUAAUGUUGUGGAUCAAACUCGGCAAAGCUGAAAAUCAGGGAUUUGACAGAGCCACUGGAAACUUCAACAGUCCACUUCUACGAAUGAAUAUUCUUGGCAGUGUUUGUUUCUUGCAAGCUUGGAUGAUGUGGAACUUCAUCACUUUUCAACUCAAGAGACGCCGCGAGAAUCGAGCUCUGGCUGCGGCCACCACUUCAGGCAAAAAGAGAGAAACUAGGAAACCAAAAGAUAAGAAGGCAAAGAAAGAUGAAAGUAGAAAGAAACGGGAAGAAAGAGAUUUAGAUUCCGAAGAUGACAGUCACUUACCAGAAGCUGAUCAGAGAAUUAAAAGUGAACAAGUUGGUGUCCGAACGCGAUCCCGAUCAAAGAAGCAUUAGUGAUUCAUGGUGAUGGUUAUUCCAAGUAACUUAGGGUGUUCAUUGUAGAGACAGCAAUGUAGGGGGUACUGGAAUUAAUUUUCGUUGAAAAGACUUUUUGAGUGUUUUUUAUGGAGUUUAUUCUCACUUAUUUUUUAAUGAGUUGAAUGUGAAAUAUAAUAGGAAAAAAGGUAAAUUCCCAGGUUUUUAUUUUCUCUAUAUCAUCCUUUCAGCGAAAAUAAAUUCCAUGGGAGAAUAAAAUAUUUUACAGUAAUUACUCACUGGGUUCUAAUCCACCUUAUCCUGUUGCCUGCAAAAUGCACUAACUUUAAAAUACAAUUUUCAAAUUUUUAAAAUUCAGAAAACCUCCACAAACAUCAAAAUACUGAAAGUCUAAUGAAUAUUACUUUUCUACAGUAUUAUCAAAUGUUCCAGACUAAAAUUAUUAAAAUGAAAUUAAACUGCUGAUGUAGAAUUUGAUUUUUACAAGUUUUUAUUUUUAUUAUUUAGAUAAUGUAAGAGGUUGAACAAAAGGUUCAUUUUAGGAUGAGUGUCAAUGAAAGAUAGCAUUAUCUGAAUAUGUUGUCAUAGGAACGAUAUUGAAUGUAUUUAUUAAAUCAUAUUGAUCAAUUGGAAAUGUGCCAAAAUAGUUUGCUGUAAAUAAUUCCCUGAUACCCUAGUGUCUGGCGAGCUUUCAAAUCUUCAUAUUGUUACUAUCGGUUAAUUUGAAAAAUUAUAUGCACAUAAACUCUUCUCUCGCUCGCUAGUAUCAAAAAAACAAUUGCCCUUUGAAUUCUAAGUUGCAAGAAUAAUGAAAUCUAUUAGGCGCAACAUUGUGUCAUAGGCAAAUGAAAACUUUGUGUAAUUCUGCGUUGCAUUGCAUUGUACUGACCUCACCUCAGUUAUUUGCGGCCAAACUCAGAACUGUAUUGAUAAAUGAACAAGUGUUGGAAUUACUAUUGAAAUAAUCAGAAAUUCAUAUAAUUUAUUGAACUCUCCUGUAUCACGUAUCAUCUGUGUUUGCAAUAUUAUGACGUUAUAAUGAGAAUACCUUGUAUGCAUACACGUAGUACAGUAAUCCUCUCAAUUCAUGCAUUGCAGAGACUGAUACAACCAUGCUUUGCCUGAAUGCAUACUAGUAUCCUCAUGAUUUAUUAUUUAAUUUUAUAAGUUUAAUUUAGCUAGUAAUUGCAGCAAAACAUUUCACAAACUUCUGCUUGAGUGUUUGCGUUCAAGUGUUCAGUGUAGAGACUUGUCACAUGCUACAUUGUUGCUAAGUUUUAUGAACGUAAGACGGUGGUAACGCAUUGAACAUGGCAAUAAUAUGUUUGAACAUGUAUGCAUCACUGUUCACAAUCUUUUUGAAACACAUCUUUACAGAUUCUUGAGGUUGGAUGAAUUGAAUUGUUUUCGCUGGCAUAAGUAAUAAAAGUACUUUAUUUUUUGUUUUUGCUGGAUGGUUAGUCCGCAGAAAAUAUAAUCCAGCAAAAUAUAUUUUAUUUAGAUUGGUAUAAUUGUAUUUUUUUUAAAUAAUAAAUUUUUUUGAAAAUAUAUGAAGGUAGCCUCACAAAUGUAGUGAUUUGUGGCCGAUUGGCGUAUUUUGCUCUGCCAACUGAGGGCAGUGUUUCGAGGCAGAUCGCUUCAUACUCGGCUGAUCCAUGAUAAAUAGCUUCCUUGUAAUUGUUAUCGCAUUUAGAUUAUAUCGUUUAAAAAGGUAUAAUAAUGAAUUUAUUUAUUUUGAAUUAAAAAUUACCAACAAAUAACUUUGCAAAAUUUUAACAGUGUGAAAAAGGAGUAGGUAUCUACUAGAGAUAAUGUCAGCACAUCAAGACACUUUUCUAGGUGUUGUUUUCACGUCAUCUGCUUUUGAUUUAUAAAAAGUUAGCCAGAGUCUGUACACAGUCAUCGUCAGUGAAAAACAAAACAAUCUGCCUACUCUAUUCUACACUUCUGUUAUAAAUCUGCAAGUCCACUGCCCAUUCACAGGUACAGCAUUGAAUGAGGGUUGCAGAAAAAAACAAUUACAAAAAAAUAAAUUAUGAAGUUUUUGCAUUAUUUUUCCAAAAAAUGGCAGUGUUCUGCAAGUUUCUUGGUAGUAUUUUAAAUCUAUUUCUCACUAAAAUUGAUUUUUUUCUCUGAAAAUUUGUUUUCCUUUAACAGUCGUGUUAUCAAUAUUUUGUAACCAACCAAUACAGCCAGCUCCAUAGCAACGGUAACUUGGCCAUGCCAAUGCAACACUUCUUAGAAGAAUGUAAACAAAUGUCCAAGGAGUUCUGUGGAAAAGGAUUAUUCAUACCUAAAGGGAUGAAAAUUGCCUAGCCUCAUCUAAAAAUUAUUUGCUUUAUUUAGAAAUGUCAUCAUUCUGCAUUCUGACAUGAUACAGCUAUGUCAAAUAUUUUAGCAAGGGCUUUGAGAACCAUGCACAGUGCCAUGGCCAUUCUUUGAUGUGUUGGUUUGUUGCAAAUUGAGAGACCUCAUGACUGAAUUUGAUUUUUUUAGUAAAAAAAAUUAGUGUCAGAAUUAGUGUAGAUUUAUUGCUUGUAAAUUUUGUUACCAUAGUAACUACUUACAGUGUUGUAUUCUGUCAUCUUCAAUAUUAUUUGUAGUGGUAUUGUAUUCGGAACUCAACAAUAAACCAGUCAUGUAUUGGAUGA